AUGGUGGAAGUCGUACAGGAUUUGUUGGACUAUGUCACCUAUGCCGGUGGUGUGGGAAGACGAAGGGCUGAUGCCGUCAUUGGUCUUGGCUCUGGGACUGUAAAACCUGGUGCCCAUGACUGUGCGCUAGUGGCCAAGGAUCGAACUGAUCAUGCACCUCAAAUGGUACCUUUGAGGGACCUAGUCUUCGACGAGGUGCUUGACAAGCAGUUCGAUGAUAAGGUUUACGGUCUUCAAAUGCUAGAGCUUUCAUACCGCGGAGAGCGCCUGAUGAAUGAAUUGGCUCAGAAGUUCCACCAGGUCAACCGCUUGGUGGAACACGACCCUUUGUGGAGGAGCAAGCACUUGCCAAGCCUUUUGCAGAAAAUGUGCGAAGGUCUUAGACACGUGCAACUUUUGAUCUCCAAAGAACUGCAGGAGGUUUGGAAAAUUGCGUUUCCCCCGAUCUUCUACCCGUCAGAUACCGACAUUUUACCAGACGCGUUGCCUGGUGGCUGGUUGGAUUUGGAGGACCUCUUCUUGACAGUGCAUCUCUUGUUGAGGUACCUCUCCGAGAUGAUGAACCUCGCAGGCGAUUUGGUCAGGGAAGUGCCAGGAGCACGCACCAUGUCGAGACGGCAAAUUAGGGAUGCGCCCGUUGCUCCUGAAGUCUUCCUGGUGGUUCAAGGCACUGCAGACAAAGCGCCAUGGCUAGGCAUUUCUGUGGUCGAGAAAGAGCCAGGCAGCGAUGGCACAUCUGAAGGAGAGUCGCCAUUGAGAAAGGCUUUGGCAAUCCUGAACGAAGUCUUGAUGGACCAGGUGCAGGACUUGCUGUCAGAUCUACAUCGCGCGACCUAUCGGGCCUUCAUCCGUGUGGUGGCUGCGUAUGGGCGGUGGAAGAAGACUUGCAAAAGUGCCAGGGAGAAGCGACAGGCUGAGGAGCAUGCAAAGAAGCUGGCGGAGAGAAAGAUGCGGUCUUCGCGCAACAGUGUCAUGGGUGAGGAAGUCGGCCAAAGUGCUGCUUCAACCCAAGGGCACUGCCGUCAGUACUCGCUGAUGUUCUCAUGGGAAUUGACAUGA